AUGGCGCCACCUUGCGCGGAUCCGCGGCAGAUUGUCAUCACCUUGAACCCCGCAAGGCGAAAGGCUCUGCUGGCUCUUGUUCAAGGCAUCAUCUCGUAUAUGAUUUCCGAGCUGGAGACGCAUCCUGAUGAACUUGGCUCCAUUGCUCCAGACGAUGAAGGCAACGACUACGAUGAAUCGCCUCCUCCAUACUCGGCUGAAAAGCCGGGCAGCAACUCUGCCUCUCAAGAUGGCAAGUCUCGAGGUCUACCACAGCCGAGAUUCAAGACGGCCAGACAGGCGGAGAAAUCCGUAAGCGCAGCUCUGACAUACACCCUCGAAUGGAGGGAUGAAGUCGUGUCCAAGCUCGAGGAGAUUGUCAACGUCGAGGAUACGCCAAAGAUUACCGCGGAGAGAAAAGCCAGGCGGGAAGCGUUGGAUAAGAAGCAGCUCGAAGCGCCUAAUAGCGAUCACCAGCUCGUGGAUAUAGACGGCGUCCCAGUCGAUGCGACAGAGGAUAUCUCUGCGUUGCAAUCGGCGUACAAACCGAUACCUACUAGGCUGACGACUAUCCCUGUCGAGGAUCGAGAAGAGGCGCUCACCUGCAUCUUGCUGUUGCUCCUCUCCACCGGCAAAUAUUCUGCCCAUUCCCGCGCCCUGGUGCUCUAUCUCGCCUCAUCAUUGGAGCUUUCCCAGACCUUUCUUAAUAGGACUGAAGCAGAGAUCGCCAUGUCCCUCAUGGAAUCGUCCACGGCCAACAACGAUCAGAAAGAAGCCAUGUCUGCAGACGCCGAGGCGGCCAAACGACGACAGCAGAACAAGGUCAGCCGCUUCUGGAAAGUCGGCUUGGCGUCCGUGGCCGGCGCUGCGGUGAUAGGAGUCACUGGAGGACUGGCUGCUCCGCUUGUUGCGGGAGCUAUUGGAAGUGUGCUGGGAGGCGUCGGCUUGGGAGGAGUGGCAAGCUUUCUCGGCAUCUUUUGGAUGAACGGGGCGUUGGUUGGGACACUUUUCGGAGCAUAUGGUGCCAAGAUGACUGGCGAAAUGAUGGACAACUAUGCGAAAGAGGUUGAGGACUUCCGCUUCCUUCCUCUCAGAGAUGACGCUACAACAGACGACCCAGAGAACAUCACCAAAGAGCAAAAAGAACAGCGCCGCCUCCGCGUCACCAUAGGAAUCAACGGCUGGCUCAACUCGGAAGACGACAUCACGAAGCCCUGGCGCAUUCUGAGCACGGACACGGAAGUCUUUGCUCUGCGGUACGAGAUGAAAGUGCUUCUUACUCUCGGCACCGCCCUAGGCGAUCUCGUUCGUUCGUUUGCCUGGAAGGCGUUUAAAGCCGAAGUCAUCAAGCGGACCGUUUUGGCGACGCUCUGGGCCGCCCUCUGGCCGAUCCAGAUGCUGGCCCUGGCUUCCAACGUGGACAAUCCGUUCAAUCGCGCGAGUAACCGGUCUCGAAAAGCUGGACAGCUUCUUGCCGAUGCACUCAUCAACAGGGUCCAAGGGGAGAGGCCGGUGACGCUCGUUGGCUAUUCUCUUGGUGCGACUACGAUUCAUGCCUGUUUACAGUCUCUCGCUGAGCGCCAUGCAUUUGGCUUGGUUGAUACGGUCGUCAUUAUUGGCACGCCAGCUCCCUCUGAUCCGGCUCACUGGCGGGCGAUUCGACCUGUUGUCUCUGGAAAGAUUUUCAAUGUCUAUUCUGAGAAUGACAUGGUCUUGGGCUUCGUCUACCGAAUGCACAGCCUCGCGCUUGGUGUUGCCGGUCUGCAGCCUAUCAAGGAUGUCAAUGGAAUCGUCAAUGUGGACUUGAGCGAGAGCGUCAGCGGCCAUCUUCGGUAUUCUUCUCUCACGGGCGAGAUCCUGCGCAAAUGCGGCUUCGUCAACGUCAGGGCUGGGAAGGACAUUGAGAAGGACGACGUCAUUCAGCUGAAGGACAAAGAAGAAGACCUAAUUGACUUUGGCGACGGCCCCGACCACAAGCUUAGCGAUGCCGACAAGUCGGCCGAAGCUCUCCAGGCCCUGACAAUCAGCCCCUCGAGUCUCAAGCCGCAACCCAACCCGCCUCUUCCCAAACGUCCGACCAACGACCUUGACGACCUUGAAAGACCGAGCCUUCCUCCCCGGAAAACCGACUCCGUGCCUCCAGUCAUGCAAGGCACGGAGGAAGAAGAGGAGGAGGAGCAGCCUCCUCCCUUGCCGAGGCGCCAGACGGCCUCGGCCCCCCCUUUGCCGGAGCUGAGGAUCCCGCGACGGCCGGUUCCGGGGAGAAACAUGGUGGAGGAGGAGCCGCAAUAUGAUUCUGAUGAUGAACGACAUGUGUCCAUCUUGAUGGUGGAUAAUGAUGGGGAUGAUCAUUGA